CUCUCAGCGGGCGCCGCCCCUUACGGAUAGACUCGGACGGGUUCGGGAGACUUGGCCCUCUGGCGCCUGCUUCUCGUUCCGCUUCUCCUCCCGCCCCUCAAGCUCAAAACCCAGAAUCGAAACUGUGCUGUGAUCCAUGCAGCGGGAGCCUGCACUCGCCCAAUCUCCGGGUCCCCAGCAAGAUCCCGCACUGCCCCCCACACCCACCAUGCCUCCCCCGGAGUCCGUCUCCGAAGACCACCAGCCCAGCCCCAGCCACAGCCCCACGGAGAAAGCCGUGGAGGAGGAGUUCGAGUUCCUGCGCUGCCAGGGCUGCCAGGUAGAAGCCAAGUGCCCCAAACUGCUGCCUUGUCUGCACACGCUGUGCUCGGGAUGCCUGGGGGCGCCGGGCACGCAGUGCCCCAUCUGCCAGGCGCCCGGGCCCGCAGGCUCUGACUCGCUGGCCCUGGAUAACGUCUUCUUCGAGAGUCUGCAGCGGCGCCUGUCGGUGUACCGGCAGAUCGUGGACGCGCAGGCACUCUGCACCCGUUGCAAAGAAACUGCCGACUUCUGGUGUUUCGAGUGUGAGCAGCUCCUCUGUGCCAAGUGCUUCGAGGCGCACCAGUGGUUCCUCAAGCACGAGGCCCGGCCCCUGGCAGAGCUCCGCAGCCAGUCAGUGCGUGAGUUCCUAGAUGGCACGCGGAAGUCCAACAACAUCUUCUGCUCCAACCCCAACCACCGCACCCCUAUGCUGACUAGCAUCUACUGCCGAGGCUGCUCCAAGCCGCUGUGCUGCUCGUGCGCGCUCCUGGAUAGCGGCCACAGCGAGCUCAAGUGCGACAUCAGCGCGGAGAUCCAACAGCGGCAGGACGAGCUGGACGCCAUGGCACAGGCGCUGCAGGAGCAGGACCGCGCCUUUGGCGCGGCGCACGCGCAGAUGCACGCGGCUGUCAGCCAGUUGGGCCGCAUGCGCGCAGACACCGAGGAGCUGAUCCACUCGCGCGUGCGCCAGGUGGUAGCGCACGUGCUGGCCCAGGAGCAAGAGCUGCUGGAGGGAGUGAGCGCGCGGUACCAGCGAAGCUACGAUGAGAUCGCGGGCCAGCUGGGCCACCUGGAAGCGGUGCUGCAGCGCAUCCGCAUGGGAGGCGCGCUGGUGCAGAGGAUGAAGCGCUACGCCUCUGACCAGGAGGUGCUGGACAUGCACGGCUUCCUGCGAGAGGCGCUCAGCCGCCUGCGCCAGGAGGAGCCCCAGAACCUGCAAGCCGCCGUGCGCACCGAUGGCUUCGACGAAUUCAAAGUGCGCUUGCAGGGACUCGUCUCCUGCAUCACUCAGGCGACGGAUGCAGCUCUACACAGGAGGGCCAGCCCAGAGGCUUCCAGCACUCCCAGGGACUCUUCUGACAUUGACCUGUCAUGUAUCUGCACAGAGGUGACGAGAAAACACAGCAACAGCCUUAACUAGAACUCCCCAGCUUGGGGGCCAUCUUUCUUCCAUUUCCUCUAGGCUCUUUUUGUCAUGACGUUAUAAUACUUGAAUGGAAAAAAAUAAAACAUUUUAAAGCUACCAAACAACAAAUUGGGCUUUUUUUUUUUUUUUUUUUUUUUUUUUUUUUUUUUUUAGUGAGCCUUCCUGUCUGUCCCCUGCUUCAUUAACACAGGAGGGAGGGCAUCGUGGGUGGGACAGAGGCAGAGAAUCCCAGGCCCAGGCCCACUUUCAGGGAGUUUGUUGCCCUUCUGGAAAGAGGGUCUUUCACAUACCAGUGAUUUGUAGAUCCAGACAUGAAAGGACCUUUUUCACUUUUUUAAACAAAUUUUUUAAUGGUGAUAAAAUAUACGUAACAAAAUUUACAUAGAGGUGGAAUUGCUGGUUCAUCUGGUAAUUCUAUUUUUCAUUUUUUCAGGAGUCACUAUGCAAUUUUCCAUAGUUGGCCAUGCCCUUCUUCGUUCCCACCAACAGUGCACAGGGUUUCCAGUUUCUUUAAAAAAAUUUUUUUUUUACAUUUAUUUGAGAGAGAGAGAGAGAGAGAGCGCACAAGCUGGGGAGGGGCAGAAAGAGAAGGAGACCCAGAAUCUGAAGCAGGCUCCAGGCUCUAAGCAAGUGUUCAGCGUAGAGCCCAAUGCAGGGCUCGAACCCACGAACCAUGAGAUCAUGACCUAAACCAAAGUCGGUCACUUAACGGACUGAGCCACCCAGGCACCUCGUGGGUUUCCAAUUUCUUUACCUUCUCAUCCACACUUUUUUCACUAAUAGCCAUCCUAAUGGGUGUGACAUGGUUUAAAUUUCUGACCACUACCCAUUAUAAAGAAAUAUAUUUUAUAUCUACGGUAUAUAUAUGUACACAUGCAUAACGGUAGCUAAAAUGGAAGUUUUGCAAAAUAAAUGACCCUUGUUACAUGGGUUUUCUGUUCUAUAGUAUUCUGCAUAAUUUAAAAAAUGCUGGCCGUGACCCACUGGAUUGCUUUCAUGAUUCACCAAUGGGUCACAGACUAUAGUCUGAAAAACACUGGUGUAGGGGCGCCUGGGUGGCUCAGUCAGAUAAGCGUCUGACUUCCGCUCAGGUAAUGAUCUCACAGUCCCUGGGUUCAAGCCCCACAUCAGGCUCUGAGCUGACAUUGUGGAGCCUGCUUGGGAGUCUCCCUCUCUCUCUCUGCCCCUCCUCCACUUGUGCUUUUCCCUCUUUCUCUCUCCCUCCCUCUCUCUCUCUCUCUCUCUCAAAUAAAUAAAUAAACUUAAAAAAAGGAAAAACGAAAAACACUGAUGUAGAGCACUCCGCAAUUAUAUACUUUCCUAGAGGCCCAGGAGAUUCUCCAUUCUCUCCACUUCCCCCAGAUACACUCUGAUCCAGAGAGACAAUUCUCCUCCCUUUCUGUAAAGAUGUUAAGAGAAAGAAACCCAGAGAGGGAGGGGAAAAGGAAGUCAGUCCGUUAUAGCAAUUGACUUGGGAGCCCACAUCAAAGUGCUCGAUACCAAGAAGCGCCCCACGUCGAGCUCCGGUCCCAGCACGAUGGGGCCACGUGGGGCUUUCCCCCACCUGCCCCAGCCCAGGUUUGGCCAGCUAAUUCCUGGGGUUCCCCUGUGAGGAAAGCCUAUCCCUGGCUUCCUGAUCUUAAAGUCCAGCUUCUGACUUGUCCAGCGUGGCUGUGCUCGAGGAAGCGCCCCCUCCAGCUGGGUGUUGUUUCCUUUCCCUCACCGCACAGACCACUGCAGGCGCCUGCUCACGGUCAUCUCCUGGGCACACACAGACUUGGAGGCAGCAAGGGGUCAGGAUUGCAGGCGGGAGUGGCAGAGUCUGGGCCUCCCCUUUCGGAGGGACACUUCCCAGGUCAUUCGUCACUUAUUUUCAGUGAACUGCCCAGUGGAUGCUUCCGUUUCACACAGUAUAGAGAAAGGCGGUGUGGGGGGAUGUAAGAGAGACAGUGACCAGGAAAGAGAACCACCAGUUCAAAGACACUAGCCUCAAACCCUGGUCCAGACCCUCAUUAGGUAUAUGACCUUGGGAAAUCAGUCACUUCACCUCUGUGCCUCCUACCCUUCUCUGUAGAUUGGCAAUAAUCACAGGAUGGUCCCUAUUUCAUUAUUUUAACUAUAAUUGUUUUUAUUGUGGUAAAAUUCAUCUAGGAAAAUUCCGUUUUCACUAUUUUCGAGUAUACAGUUCAGUGACAUUGCACCCUCCAAAUCUUGUACAGCCACCCCACCCAUCUAGUUCCCAAAUAUUCCCAUUACCCCGAAAGCAAACCUUGUCUCCAUGACGCGGCCACUCCACAUCUGCCCCGCCCCCACCCCCACUCCAGCUUCCAGUCUGCUUUCUGUCUCUAUGCGCUCAGCUUUUGUGGAUAUUUGUGUGGAUACAUGGAGCCACACAACAUGUAUUCUUUUGUGGCUGGCUUCUUUUCACUUAGUGUAAUGUGUUCAAAGUUCAUCCAUGUUGACGUAUGGAACUUCAUGCCUUUAAAAAAAAUUUUUUUAACGUUUAUUUAUUUUUGAGAGAGUGAGAAAGCAUGAGCCGGGGAGGGGCAGAUAAAGGGGGAGACACAGAAUCCAAAGCAGGCUCCGAGCUGUCAGCACAGAGCCCGACACAGGCUCAAACUCACAACUGCGAGAUCAUGACCCAAGCUGAACAAAGUCUGACACUUAACCGACAGAGCCACCCAGGUGCCCCAACCUCAUGCCUUUUUACGGCUGGAUAAAAUUCCACUGUAUGACUGUCUGACAUUUGGGCUGUUUAGACAUUUGGCUGAUGUCUCAGAGGCUGGUAGACCUUUGGGUUGUGUCCACCUUUUGGCUGUCGUGAAUAGGGCUGGUGUGAACAUUUGUGUGCAGGUUUCUGUUUGAACAUCUGUUUUCAGUCCUUUGGGUACAUGCCUAGGAAAAGACUUGUUGGAUCAUAUGGGAAUUCUGUGUUUAACUUUUUGAAGAACCAGCCCAAGUCCGUUUUGGGGUGGGUUUAUGUAUAGUUAGCACUAUGCCUGGCUCAGAGUGGCAAUAAAAACUAUAUUUAGCAUCAUUAUCAUCAGUGGCACUUACUAAGUGCUGGGUGCUCUUCUAGGCACUUUACUUGUGGUAACACAUUUCAUCCACGGUAUCCUGUGAGACAGAUGUUAAUAUUAUUCCCAUUUCACAGAGGGGGACUGAGGGCUGAGGGGUUUUAAGGGAUUUGGUCAAGGUGUGUAAUUGUUCUGACCCAGGGGGAGUUAAGGCCCAGGGGCAGAGUGAAGGUCACAGGGAGGUUCCCUGGAAGGGUUUCAGCUCAGCGGAAGGGUGUCCUCACUGCUACAGCUCUGCAGCUGUAGAGGAAUUGCUGCCACCAGGAGCGAGCGCUUUGUUAACCCGGAGCUAGCUGUCGAGCAAACCUUUAGGCGCUGUUGGUCCCGUGUAAUCUCAGCAGUCACCUUCUGGCUCUGUUAGGAUGCACAGGAAUUGAAGUGCCCCUGGAUGCCAGCACCUCAGGGUCAGAAGGAGGGUGUGAGGAGGACUCCUGGUCCCCGGGGGGCUCUGGACAGCCUGCACCUGUGGCUGGCUGAGGCCCUGGGGAUUGGGCUGACCCCAGGCCUGGGGUCUCAGCCCUGGGCCUGCCACCCGCUCAUUUCUGUCUCUCUUAUUUCCGGA